UGAAAGAAAAUCAAGACAGAGUGGUGGGAAGAAGAAGAAGGAGCCGAAAGAAAGUGAGUGGCAAGUGAAACCUUAGCAUAGCAGCAGGUUGGCUGCCUGACUUCUAUUUCCAGUCCAUCAACAUAAAAUCAUUGUCACACUACUACAGCAGCAGCAGUCAGAUUGGAUCUCUUUUAUCAUGACACAUUCCUACAGUUACAGUUGAAGUAACAAUGGAUAUCAUAAUAACAGCGAAAUUAUUGCAACCAAAACCCAAUAUCUUCAGUCGAGAGCAGUACUAAGCAGAAAUAUGUUUCUAUCACUGUGUAUAGUACUGUCACUCUUGCAUGACUGUCUAACGAUAGAUCUAACCUACCGAGUGCAAGAAGAGAAACCUUCAGGAACAUACAUUGCAGAUAUUGCUGCUGACUCAACUUUUUUGGACACUAUCAAGUCAUCAGAACAAAGUCUGAUAACAUUCAGUCAGUUGAAAGAAAAGUUAACACAACUGUUCAAUGUUACAAAACAAGGAAAGCUUUACACAGCUCAAAUACUGGACGCUGAGUCUUUGUGUACAUAUAACAAAAAAUGUUUUAGAAUAGUCAAAGUUGCAGUUCGAAAAACAAAAAGUUUCACAAAAAUUUUGAAAAUCAAAAUAAUAAUAGAAGAUAUCAAUGAUCAUCAACCAGAGUUUCCUCUGGAACAAGUCAAUAUUAAGUUUUCAGAAACAGAUAUUCAAGGCACUGUAAAAUCUCUACCAAAUGCAAUAGACAGAGAUCUUGGGUUUCAGAAUUCACUUAUAGAAUAUAAACUGAAGAAAAAAGAAGACGAGCCUUUUUCCUUAUCUGUUUUCAAAAGAGCAGAUGGCAUCUCUUCCUUAAGGAUUAUUCUCGAGAAACCAUUAAACAGAGAAAUUCAAGAUUCAUUUACACUUAGUGUUAUUGCCAAAGAUGGAGGAACACCACCAAAGCAGAGUGUAUUAAAUGUUGUAAUCUCAGUUGAAGAUGAGAAUGAUAACCAGCCUGUGUUUUCCAAACCUUUAUACAACAUUUCUCUAAAAUCCACUCAUGAAAAAACAAAACCAGUUGUUGUGAUAUCCGCAACUGAUUUAGAUCUGGGUGAAAAUGGGAAAAUUUCUUACUAUUUCAGUCCCAAAACGCCUGAAAUUUCAAAAAAAUACUUCCAAUUAAAUAAAGAGACUGGAGAGAUAUUUAUGGUUUACAAUUCUCAGUUGGAUGGAAUAACACUUUCUGAGUUAUUUGUAGAAGCCAGAGAUGGGGGUAGUCCACCUCUCAGUUCCAUAGCAACUGUUUUAGUAAAUGUUAUUGACCAACACAACAACCCUCCAAAUAUUGAUGUCAACUUUAUUUCUUCUCAAAAUGAUAACACAGCAACCAUUCCUGAAGAUAUUAAAGUCGGUAGUUUCAUUGCUUAUGUGAUGGUCACUGACAAUGAUGUGGGACUUAAUGGGCAGGUCAGUUGUGAUAUCAAACAUGACAAAUUUAAACUACGGUCAAUGGGGUCUAAGGAAUACAACUUAGUUCUUGAAAAGCCAAUUGAUAGAGAGACACAAGACCAUUACAAAAUCACUCUCUCCUGUCAGGAUAAAGGUCUACCUCCUCUCGUAUCAACAGAAAAUUUAUCCAUCCAAGUGACUGACAUUAAUGAUGUACAACCAAAAUUUACCAAAGAUACCUUCCAGUUUCUUACCUAUGAAAAUAAAGAUAAAGACUUCCCUAUUGGUUUUGUCAAUGCCACUGACCUUGAUUUAGGACCAGGAGGUCAACUGACAUAUUUUUUAUCAAACAAGGAUAAGCCUUCACUUCCUUUUGUAAUUACUAGCUAUGGAUUUAUUUCAACUACGAUGUCAUUGGACAGAGAGAAACAUGAUGUAUAUAAGUUCCAAGUGUUUGUGAAAGAUAAUGGAACGCCUUCUCUCAAUGACACAGCAAAUGUUGUGGUUGAAAUUUUAGAUCAAAAUGAUAAUGCACCAUUUUUCACCUUUCCUAGUGUUGACCCUUACAAUCUAGAUGUCCAUUACUUUCCACGAGGUAAAAAAGACAUAACUGUUCUAAGAGCUUCUGACAGGGACAAUGGAAACAAUGCUUUCCUCACAUAUGGAUUCUUUAAGGGCAAUGACAAAAACCUGUUUGCAAUAAAACCUCAUUCUGGUGUGGUGUCUUUUUCUCGUAAAGUUUACCUGGACGAUGCAGGAGCAUAUGAGCUGGUGUUCCUUGUCAAAGACAGUGGUACACCGAUGCAGUCAGCCACAACUACAGUUUCCCUGACACUCACUGUUAGCAAUAAAACAUCUCCAAUGUUGACAGCUGUCCAGUUACAAUCAGAUAACUUCAUUGAUGUAACACUAUUGAUUAUCAUUGUUGCAGCAGCUGUAAUAGUAUUUGUUGUUAUUGUUGUUUCUAUUACGCUGUGUAUUGUUAGGUGUGUUAAACAUGGAACGACUACAGUAAGAACAGGGAAGAAACCACCAUACAACUCUGAAAUGAGACAACUCCUAAUCCAAACAAACAAUCCAAUUGGAUUAAUGAAUUCUGAGAAUCUAAUCAGUAGAAAUGUUCUUCCAAAACGAACAAAACAUCAACUUUAUCCUGAAAACUUAGCUCAGAACAAAUACAAAGCACCAAUUAUAACAAGAAAUAUUCUCAAGUCAGCACAGAAAUACAGUGAACCAGUAGUGGCAACAUCUAAUGAUGAUGCUAUGGAACACCACACUGAUGUUCCUGAUUAUACUUUGGAGACAUUACCAGCUCCAAGAGAUGGCAGACACAAAUUACGUGAAGGAGGAGGGAGACAUUACGAAGAAAUUCCAAGUAUGUAAGAAUAAUAAUAAAUGGGAAAAAAAGGCAGCAACACCAGCAAAGAAAAUAACGAGGAACUGAAUAAAGACAGCAACUCCAUUCUUUAACCUAAUAUUUAUGAUGAAAACCAUUCAAUCACAGAAUCAAGCAGUUUGAUAGAAAACUUUCAAAUUUCACAGACAUACAGAAAAGAAAAGAAUAUUGUACAUAUCCACAAUGGCAAAUAUUUUUACUCCCAAUAUGUCAGUAUUUCCUAAUUUGAAAAACCAUUUUAAAAUAUAAUGUAAGGAAACAGAAUUUGGUGCAGUGAAUAUAUACAAGGUCAUAAUUUCUACUAAAAUACUUCAGUUCUAUGAAUCAUAGAUAACAUAUCAGAAAUAACAAAACUAGAUAUUCAUGUAUUUAAAACUAUAGGUAUGUAUGCAUUAUAUUCUUAUCAAAUUUGUCUUCAAGAUUAUAAAUAUUUCAUUUACAUCACUUCAGUGUAAUCAUUAAAAGCUUCUUUAUUUCUUUAAGCCAUUUUAAAUACUCUAAAUAUUGAACGAAGAAAAUAUAGCUAUUUCCCAAUAAUUUUCAAUGGCUUUCUUUUGAAGUAUGACCAAUAGAAUUAUGGAUAAAGAACUUAAAUCCAGUUUUAGAUAUUUGGGUCCUGCUCUGGGUUUUGAGCACAUUGAUAAAUAGGCUAUUAUAGAAGUUAUCAUUCUGAUACUUUUAGGUUAAAACCAGAUUAGGGAAUAACACUUCCUUUGUUAAAUUACAUAUUACUAACAAUUAGAUACAGUUUUCGAGUGUUUGUGAGAUUUUACAAGCUUUCAGUUUUAUACAAAAGUGAGUAAAAUGCUAUUUGGCUUCAUAUCAAGGCUCAUUUAUCUAAGUCAAUUUGUAAUUUGAAUACAACAUUUUAUAGCAAUAUUUAUACUCGCGAGGAUUCUAAACAAAACAUCUCCAUUUACUGAGGGAAUUGAUUAAUUAGAACUGGGGUGAUAUGCAAUUAAAUUAUUUUACUUUGAAAUGAGAGUGGACCACUUCAAAAACAACUUAUGCAAUGCAGCAUGCUUCUCUCUUUCUCUCUCUCUCUCCAAAUAUGUGUGUAAGUGUAUGUGUAAAUGUGUGUGUGUAUGUGUAAGUUAAUGGAAAUAAAAUAAGUUAAAUGUUGAUAACAUUAUUUUUAACCUUGUAAGUAUAUCAGGUUUAAGAUGAUAUGUCCAUACUUAAAAAAAAAACUAUUACAUCCACUAGACCUCAUCAAGCUAAUUAAUCUGUCCAUCCUAUAAAUAUGUCUAUUAUAUAUUUCAUUAUGCAAUCUACAUCUCAUAAGUUGUCAUGCAAAUCUCUCAACUAUAUGACUCACCACAUUAAUCUAUCUACUAUAUGCAUAUUAAUAAGUCUAUCAAAGAUGAAUCCACAAAAAAUAAAGCUACAAUUCCCUCAAAUUUAAUGAUUUCAAACUUACCAAAUUAUCCAUUUUAAUGCAUUAACUACUGAAAAUUUUUCCAAAACUGGUUUUUUUUUUCCAAACCAAGCUUUAAUAUUUUUUCAAACAAGCAAUAUCAUAACUGAAGCAUUUUAGUAAAAAAAAAAAAAAAAAAUUGAAGAUUUCUCAGAAGCCAUUGUGUAUAUACUAUAUGGAAGACAUUGUUUUAAAAGGAAUCAUCUAUCAUCCUUGAUUUCAUAUUUUUUAUCAUUGUAAUCAUUUCACCUUGUAUCUGACAGUUGGUUGAUCUAAUUAGUUUAUUAAUAUUUUUUGUAUAUAAAUUUCUUCAGAAAUAGUGUUAAAAAGAGAUUUUUUCCUCUAAAUCAAGCAGUAUUUUUCAUUUUUCUUAUAUGGAAUAUUUAGAUAUAUAAUUCUUUAAUACAAAUGCACUGUAAAAUGUAUUCACCUAAUUUAGAAUCCUUUGCAAAUUAUAGUCUCUUAUAGUCUCUAGUACAUAACCAGCCAGUACCAAUUCUUUAUCUAUUUGGCAGAAAUUUAAAGCAGUUGCAAAUUAUGUUUACUUUUCUUAUUUCACUUAAUUUCAAAUGCUCUUUACAAGAUUUCACUCCCUCCUAUGUGGAAACCCGAAAGUUUGGUCCUGUUUUGUUAUAUAUCAUUUAUGUUAAUAUCAUUGAAACAUGUUUCAAUGUUUCCUUGCUCAUAAUUUAGAGCGAGUACAACAGCAGAUCAACCAGCCGAACUUUUUGCUUACCCAUGGAAAUGUGUCCUUUUAUCUUAAACAUAUUUUAUGUCAUUGUCAAAUAUAUCCCUCUUUCUUAUCAAUUUUUUUCUAACAAGGAAUAUUAGAACGUUGUGAUUUUUGCAUAAUUAUUAUUUUACCCAUAUAUAUUGCAAGUUCUACCUGAGAUGUCUUUCAUAAUUUUUGAAUAAAAUAAUAUAAAAUGG